AAAAAGAAAAAGAAAAAGAAAAAUUAAAAGAGAAAAAGAGUGCGUGUGGGCAAGCAAGGGUAUAACUAUAAUCCAGAUCUCUUUCCUGCCAAACUCUUGAAUUUAAUAUUCUUUCACAGAAAAACAUUUAGCUAAAUACUGAAAUUCCAUUUAUUUUAAAAUCAAUCGCAAAAUUUCAUAAAACCUUCUCCAAUCCCAAAGAGGAUUUAUCCAUUUUCUACAUUUUCACACUAAAAUUCCUGCCAUUUGGGAGAACAUUGGCAAACACCCAAUUUGUAUUUAUUUGAAAAAUCAAAAUUCUGGGAUUUCUCUUAUUUUUCUGGAAAAAGAAACAAAAUUUGCAGCUCAUUUCUUAUCUUUUUUCAAUUGGAUUUGAUUCUAAGCUGUAAAAAAGUUGAUCUAAGAUAAAAGAAAGGAGGACCCAUUUGCCCAUUUGUGUUGGGUUUCUUCUUUUAUAGUUUUUCCAACUUUCUCAUUUUCUCUCUCCGGAUUUUUGUGGUGGGUGUCAUUUUACAGGAAAUUUGUUGCCCAGAUUACUCCAUUUUCUGCAGAAGAUUGGUGUUUGGCCUCCUUGUCUGCAAUGGGGAGGUCAAGUGGGAAGAAGAAAAAACAGAUUGGGGAGAAAUCCGCAGAUUUGACCCAAAAGCAAACUAGAACAGAAGAUAGUAGUCCGAGGGUGGUGUAUGAUAAGGAUACUGAAGUGUUCAUUGCAAUGGCACAGGAGUUGAAGGAUGAGGGUAACAGGUUGUUUCAAGGGAGGGAUUCUGAAGGAGCCUUGUUGAAGUAUGAAAAGGCGUUGAAAUUGCUACCUAGAAAUCACAUAGAUGUAGCUUAUCUUCGCAGCAAUAUGGCCGCUUGUUAUAUGCAAAUGGGUAUUAGUGAUUAUCCUCGAGCUGUUCACGAAUGCAAUUUAGCUCUCGAGGUUUCUCCAAAGUACACCAAGGCUCUUAUUAAGAGGGCUAAGUGUUAUGAGGGGCUCAACAGAUUGGAGUUGGCUUUAAGAGAUUUGAAUGCUGUUUUAUCUUUGGAGCCGAGUAAUUUAACAGCCUUGGAGAUAGUGGAAAGGGUGAAGCAGACUAAGGAAAGUAGAGGUGUUAGGGUCUUUGACCAUCCUGUUCCUGAGUAUAUUGAAUCUCCUAGUGCUCCAGUUUCACAGCCUCUACUCAGAGCAGUGAAAGAGAAAUUGAAGAAGAAGAGUAGCUCAAAAAAUGAGAAGACAGAAGAAGAUAAAAAGGGCUUGGAGGACUUACUGGAGAAACUGGAGGGAAAAAAGGAGAAGAAAGCGGCCAUUAAGGAAUACAAGAAAGCAAGAUCCGAGGAAAAGAAGAAGACACCGAAGACCAGUGUACAAAAGAAAGCAGAAGAUAAUCAGCAGAGAGAAGUUGAGUAUCUGGUGGAGAAGAAAGCUGAGGAUAAGGUGGUGGUUGAGGAGACGAUGUCUUAUGCAAAUGAAGAUGAUAAAAAGAGUAUUGUGAAAUUGGUGUUUGGAGAGGAUAUUAGGUGGGCACAACUGCCUGUAAAUUGUAGUCUCUUGAAAUUGAGGGAGGUCAUACAGGAUAGAUUUCCUACCUCAAAGUCAGUUCUUGUAAAAUACAAAGAUGACGAGGGAGAUAUGAUCACUAUUACUACUAAUGAUGAGCUAAGACUGGCUGAAGCAUCUGCAGACCCCCAAGGUUCUGUGAAGAUUUACAUAGUACAAGUUAGUCCAGAGCUUGACCCUUUCUAUGAGCAUUUAAGAGGGAAACAUGUACAUGCAAAAGAAAAUAGUUUCUCCGAGAACGGUAGUGUUAAAGGGAAAAAGGUAAAAGAUCAAGGGGCACUGUGCAUUGAAGAAUGGAUAGUCCCGUUUGCUCAAUUGUUCAAGAACUAUGUUGGUUUCAGCUCUGAUGCAUACUUGGAUCUUCAUGAGCUGGGGGUGAAACUCUAUUCUGAGGCCAUGGAGGAGACAAUUAGUUGCGAAGAAGCUCAGGUACUGUUUGAUUCAGCAGCUGAUAAGUUCCAGGAAAUGGCAGCAUUGGCACUGUUUAAUUGGGGUAACGUUCACAUGGCACGGGCAAGGAAGCGAGUACAUUUUGUGGAAGAUUCAAACCAAGAUAUAAUGCUUGAUCAGGUAAAAGUUUCCUAUGAUUGGGCCCAACAGGAGUAUGAGAAAGCAGGGCAUAAGUAUGAAGCAGCCUUUAAGAUAAUGCCAAAUUUCUACGAAGGACACCUAGCAUUAGCAUUACAGCAGUUUGAGCAGGCAAAACUUACUUGGUACUAUGCAGUUGCAAGCAAUGUUGAUUUAGACACAUGGUCACCAACUGGUGUCCUUGAUCUGUAUAAUAAUGCUGAGGAAAACAUAGAAAAAGGAGUGCAAAUAUGGGAGGAAAUAGAGCUGCAGCGUCAAAAUUCACACUCCAGCCCCAGCAACAGCCACGCUCAGAUGCAGAAAAUGGGUUUUGAUCGUUUAUUUCAAGAUAUAUCAAUUACCGACAGUGAAGAAAUGGCUAUGACAAUCAGUUCCCAGGUUAACGUUCUAUGGGGUACCAUGCUUUAUGAAAGAUCUAUCAUGGAGUUUAAGUUAUGCCUGCCGGUUUGGCAUGAAUGUUUGGAGGCUGCUCUGGAAAAAUUUGAACUUGCAGGAGCUUCUCCAGCUGACAUAGCUGUUAUGGUGAAGAAUCAUUGUUCCAAUGAUACUGGGCUAGAAGGUGUAGGUUUCAAGAUUGAUGAGAUUGUACAAGCAUGGAACGAGAUGGAUGAAGCAAAAAGGUGGUACACUGGGGUACCAUCAUUUCGCCUUGAACCAUUACUGCGGCGACGGGUGUCAAAAAUAUAUUAUGCACUCGAUCAGGCAUGAUAAAUUGCCAAUUCAGAUGCAAUGAAGUGUGCCCCAUAAAUUUUGUUACUUCCGAAGUUACGAGUACAAAAAUUUCCAGAUGUGUAUAGUUUAUAUACUGAGGUCAGGUGAUUCUUUAUUCUGCGUGCAUCAAUUCAUGGAGCCCUCAUUUUGAAAUAGGAGCUGAAGUUGCAAUUUUGUUAUUUGUACAUUUUAUACACCAUCCUGGCCUGAGAUUUAACAGUUGACAUACCCAAUGCAAGAGUUGAAAGGCAACAACAGUCGUGUAUAGAAAGCUAUUAUCAUGCUCUUUCUCAGCUAGAGUAGCUUUUCGAUUUGCAUUUUGAUCUGUGAGGCAUGGCAAGCUCCAAAUGAUUGAGAACUCAUAGGGAGUUCCUAUUAGGUUAAGCCCGGCCCGUUGAACAGGUCUAAUAAAGGUGGCCCAGCAGUUUCUCAGGGCAGUGACUGAGCUACGCCAAGGCUUGCAAGAAGCAACUAAGUUUCCAAGGAUUGGCUUGUAAUUGUUGUAUACGAAAUAGCGAUUGUCUUAGGUCUGUUUUGUUUCUAGGAAGGGACAAAGAGUUCGGUUUCUCGGUUUCUCCUAACCCUUGUAUGAUUGUAUCCAACAUUUAAAAUAUGUUGAUUCAGAUUGUAAGUUUGUAUGAUCAUUUUAAUACAGAUAAGUUGUUUGUUUUUGUCAUAAA